GCACUUCACUUCACUUCCCGCGGAAAUCAGAAUUAAGACACGCCAUUCUUAUUCUUAAUCUGCGCACGCCUAACAACCUGUGGAGUACGUUAGUCCCGAGGCUUCCGCUGUCCCCGGUAACCGGAGUUUAUGACAGUCGUAGGCGUGGGUCUUUGAUUGGGCUGUCAGACAAAGUUUGCUGGAAUGUCUGGUGCACAAGAUGGGAUCCUAGGUCGACCCAAGGCAGAAUGGACACCGUCUCGCGAUGCUUAUUUGGUUGAGCUUUUGAUUGAGCAGCAUAAUUGUGGAAGAACUGCCUACAAUGAAUUUAAGAAUGAAGUCAUUAAAUCUGUGACACGCGAUUUUAACAACAAGUUUAGCAUGAAUUUAGAAGAGAAUCAGAUAAAGAACCGGUACAAUGUGAUGAAGAAGGAUUAUGGUGUUGUUAAAACUCUACUUACUCAUACCGGGUUUGGUUGGGAUGAAACCCGACAAAUGGUUGUUGCUGAUGAUAAAGUUUGGGAUACCUAUAUUUCGGUGCGAAGUGAAGCGAGGCCUUUCAGACGUAAAAGCUUUCCCCUGUAUAAGCAAAUGUCCGUCAUAUUUGAAGGAGAAAGAGCUACUGGUAAAUGCAUUCCAAGUGGAGUACCUUUGGUGACUGAAGAGGGACAUAGUAACACAGAGACUGUGAGAUCAUCAGAACCUACUAAUGUACCUACACAAAUAGUUGAUGGCACUGUUGAUUCCGAUUCAAUGAUGCGGGUAAAUGACACACUGCCAAAGAAGCGAAAAUCUGUAGGUCCAGCGGCAUCCGGUCGGAAGAGAAAAGCUUACUAUAACAUAAGUGAGACGAUAGAGAAUGCUUUGUAUGAGAUGUUCUCAGCAGCCACAUUUAAAGCAGCCCAGAGGAAUUCAUUGAGGGAGAAAACAUUGUAUCAGAAAUGUCUGGAGGAUUUGCAGAAAUUGGAAGAGUUGGAUGGCAUUGAGUUUGCAAAAGCUGUGCAUGUUCUCAAAGACGAUAAGAAUGCAAUCGCAUUCAUGACCAUUAAAGGACCCAGACGGCUAAUCUGGUUGAGGUCUCUAUGGAAAUCGAGAAACCUCUUAUUCUGAUAGCUUCGGAUACAUAUUGAUGAUUAAGAUUCAAGAGGCCAAUAGUCAUGUAACACCUGUAAUUCAAGGGUGGUUCUGGUUGUUUUUCCUACCAUAUCGGAUUGUGAGAUAAUCCGGGAAUCUUGCAAAAAUCAUACGGAUAUACUUCUUGCCACCGGUAUUGGCCUCAAUUUGUUUCCCAUGUCUGGCCGGACUCAGACCUUAAUCUAUUUUCUGAGGUAAGAUAUGGUCUACAACAACAUCGAUACGAUCUAUAAAGAUGUUUACAACACUUUAAAGCUAGAUCUUGCCUCUUCACAUCAACAAAAGUUGGUUCAACCCUUAUUGAGGCUAGAUUGUUCUUCCAAAGCUUUUGAGAGACCAAAUGAUGGUGCAAGAGAUCAAGUGUCUCUCUUGGCAUUGUCCUUGUCACUCUCUUUUCAGUGUAACUCUUCUAUUUUUGUCAAUGACAACCUCAUUUUAAUAUAUAGUUGAUUUGACUUUUUUAACCC